GAAAUGCUUAGUCAAUUAAAUAUAAACGUUGUGAACAAUACACCAACAUCCACACCAAGGAGUAUCAAUAUUGUCAAACAAUCUCAAAAGUCUGUUGGACGUACUAUUGAUUUUGGUGCUGAUGAUGGUGAGGAGAAUGAUUUGGCUUUGCGAAAUAAAAAGAUGGAAGGAGAAAAAAAGCAAAACAACUCGAAAACCGAAACGGCUGAGAAGAAAAAUGGCAAAAUCAUCAAUGAGAAUAAAUUGAAACAAACGAAGGAAACGAAGGCAACAUCUACAUAUGUUAAUCCAGAUCCGGAUAUGCGUUUCACAUAUCUUGGAAAUGUGAAGCCUGAUCUCUAUGAGGAUACAUUCAUUCGUUUGUUGGAGAAGGAGUCGUUUGAGAAACUUGAAGAUGAUUGGCCGAAUAAUUCUGAUUCGAAGGCAAACGAUAAUUUUGAUAUUUUCGAGCAAUUGGAUGAUGAAUAUGAGAACGGAUAUUCAAAUCUGGUAAUAUAA